GAAAAAAGAAUUAAUUAUUAAUUCUUUUUUUAGAGCCCUGGAAAACUCCUUGAAAAUUCUUUUUCCUUUACCUACUCCUGAAAAACUCCUAACAUUUUCCACAAACACUUGGUAAGUCAGCUGCUCUAGAAGUGUUGAUUAAUUUUGUUUCAAAAGUUUACAACAUUUGAUUUCCUAACCAUGGGUGCAGGAAUUUCUUAUACAUAACAUGGAAAAAUACUGGAAAAUCUCUGAAAUUUGUCUUCUCUUAGAUAGCAAACUCUGUUAAGAAAACAAGACCAUUGCUCUUACAAUAAUUAUUGCAGGUUUUCCUUGAUGUAAAUGCAGUUUUUGACUGUUCAAAGUCAUGCUCAUUAAGGUACUUUCCCAAACUGUAAAGCCAUUAUUAUUAUUGUAGUAAGGCACCGUCCAUGUAAAUUCUCUGUUGAAAAUGGAUUUUCCAGUAAAUACAAUUUACAUAAACCAAUAUCGAUUGCCUUUGGUUGCUUGGCUAUUAUACAUUUCGCAUGUAUUUUGCAUAUGAAUGCAGUAAAUAUUUAUUAUUUGCCUAGUGGGCUUUCCUGGGAGGUUGGGUCACCCUGGGAACAUGCCUACACAUGGGCAUGGGUGUGGUGUAGGAUUUUUUGAUUUUGACGCCAUUUUCUAUCCCUGGAUAGGGGGAUUGGGUGGUUUCAGAAACUGCAGGCAGCAUCUCAGAAUUCUGAAGGAGAGGGGGAGGUCUAUAGACUCCAUAGACCCUGUAGUCUUUCCCUUUUAACUGUACCUAUAGAUAUGAUCCCCUCAUCCCUUAAAAGACUGCAGCCCUAGGACAGACGGCAAAGUGUCUUGCUCAGGAACACAAUUUGUAAUAAAUCCCAGCCAGGAUGUGAAUCUGGACCCCUUGAUCUGGAGUCCGGCACAUUAACCAUUAGACCACUGCCCCUCUUACAAGUGAGGACAACCAUACACACCACAACCAUAUUAUUACUUAUGCCAUAUCAUACCAUACCCUGCAAUACCAUACCAUCUCAUAAAAUGUCUUGUCAUGCCAUGCCAUGCCAUGCCAUGCCAUGCCAUGCUAUGCGACACCACAACCAUAUUAUUACUUAUGCCAUAUCAUACCAUACCCUGCAAUACCAUACCAUCUCAUACAAUGUCUUGUCAUUCCAUGCCAUGUCAUGCCGUGCAAAUUAUGCUAUGCCAUGCCAUGCGAUGCCAUGCUAUGCGGUACCGAUUGUCAUGCCAUGCUAUACAAUGCUGUGUCAUGUCCAUGCUAUGCCAUGUCAUGCCAUGCCAUGCCGUGUCUUGUCAUACCAUACCAUGCCAUGUCAUACCAUGCCGUGCUAUGCGGUACCAUUUGUCAUGCCAUGCUAUACAGUACUGUGUCAUGUCGAUGCUAUGCCAUGUCAUGCCAUGCCAUGCCAUGUCAUGUCAUUCCAUACCAUGCCAUAUCAUGCCAUGCCAUGCUAUGCGGUACCGUUUGUCAUGCCAUGCUAUACAAUACUCUGUCAUGUCCAUGCUAUGCCAUGUCAUGCCAUAUCAACUUCAUUCAUCAGAAGUAACUUUUGUAAACUAUAGGUAAUUGAGGUUUCGUUUGACUUGAAGGUAAUUUUGUCAAAUCCAAACGCAAGUUCUUUAGCACCAACCUCUGUUU